AUGUCUUAUAGAAACCAAAACAGAGACAAAGGAGUCCUCCAAUUUGAGGAUACCUACGACGGAUACGAUGAAGAAGAUGAUGCUUUCAAUGACGAAACUUUUGGUGUUGAUAUUCCAGAAGGUCAAGCUUUUGAUUUUGGUAACCCAACUCAACAAGAACAACAACCUCAAUUGAACUUUGCUGCUGCUGCUAGAGCUCCUGCCCAACCAAUCCAAAUUCAAGAACCAUUGAAUGAUGAUCCUUUGAAACCAAUGGAAUCACUAUGGGGUGGUGUUUCUAGUUCACAACAACAACCAGAACAAGUUCAACCUGCUAAUAAUGGCCAACCUAAGGUAUUAUCUUUAGAUGAAAUUGAAUCUCAACUCACACCUUCAGCUGCAAACUCAGCUGCUGCUCCAGGUCCUCAAUUUCCUCAGGGUCAACCUCCUCAAGGUUCUUUCCCUCCGCCACCAGGACCAAACAAUUUUUUCUAUCCACCAGGUUUCUUACCACCUCAACAAGGUCCUCCAGGUUUUGGAUUUCCACCUCAAUUUAAUUUGAAUCAAAUCCCACCUCAACAUUUUGCUCAGUUGCCUCCACAAAUUCAACAACAAUUGAUCCAACAAAGUCAAUCUCAAAUUUCAACUCCUCCUCCAUCUAAUGGUUCUCAAGGUCCUAUUUCUCAAAAUCAAGGUCCACCACCAAACUUACCUCAACAACAGUUCCCACAAUCAAUUCCAGGUCAACCUCAACAACAAUUUGCGGUUCCACCACCUCAAGUUCCAAUUCCUCAAAAUCACCAACCAGGUCAUGUUCAAGGUCAAAUCCAAGGUAAACCAGAUUUAUCAGAUUUCCCUGUUUUGGGCUCAGAAGAAGCUGCUUCUCAACCAAGAAAUUCAAAAGACUUCCAGCAAUUUGCUGAUGCUCAAUUCCAAGCUCAACAGUUUCAACAACAACAUCAUCACCAACAACGUCAACAACAACAGCAACAACAACAUUAUCAACAACGUCAAGGUUACCAACAUCGUAAUCAACACCAUCAUCAUCACCACAACCACCAUGAGAACUUUGAUAGCUUACCGGAGGAAGAAAAGCAACGUUUGAUUAUUCGUCAACAAAAAGUUGCCCAAAUUUCACAAUUCUCUGGUAUCAUGACACCUCGUGAUAAGGAUUUUGUUACAAGAAUUCAAUUAUCUCACAUUGUUACUGAUGAUCCAUAUAAUGAAGAUUUCUAUGCUCAAGUUUUCAAAUUAUUGAAAAGUGGAGUUCAAAUCAAUGAUAAUAAUUCCAUUGCUCAAGCUUACUUAGAUUUCUCAGGUCACAGAUUAGGUGGUCGUCAUCAAAGAGCAGAUGUUGCCUUACAAAGAAUGCAACAACAAGUUCAAAAAGCUGUUACUGUUGCUAAAGAUAGACCAAGAACUGGACAAUUUUCAAAAGAAGGUUCAUUAGGUAAAAUCACUUUCUCAUCUGGUAAAGCUCCAAGAAAACAACUGGAAAUUGUCUCUCAUAAACCAGAAUUACCAGAAGUUUCAAAGGGUGGUAAAAAAUUCAUUUUAUUACAAUUGGAAAAUAUCUAUCAACAUGUUUUAAACUUGGAAUCUGCUGAAAGAGAAAACAAACCAUUGGAUACUGAUGAAUUAUGGGAUUCUUUAAGACUUUUUGAAAAAUCACAAAACUUGAAUCCAUUUAUUCAAAUGCUUUCAUAUACAAAAGGUUUGAAAAUUUUCCCAAGAGUUUUCCAUUUCUUAACUAGACAACAAAAAUUAACUAUUGUUACAUUGAUUUUUGCAAACUUAUCAUUGAUCAAAAUCAUUUCUAAAUCAUCAUUCAAAAACUAUGAAAAUGAUCAAAUCCCAUCAGAUAUAAGUAAAACUAUAGAAUUAUUCCAAUUGGUUGUUUUGAAACCAAUUGUCUUAUUUUUAUCUUAUGAUGCUACUUUAGAUGAAGUUAUUGGAUUAUUGACUAUUUUGAUUGGUCAUAAUAAUGUUUCAUUCUUAUCAACUUCUCAAUUAGGUGUUUCAUUAAUCACCAUUUUAUUAUCAAGAGCUGAAAUUAUCAAACAAGAACAUAAUGUUUCAAGUGAAGAUUUAUCAUCAUGGUUUUCAACAUAUGAUAAAUUGUUUUCUUCAUUAGAAACAAAAUUAUCUUUGAUUUUCCCAUCUUCUGAAUUAAAACAUGAUAACUCAUAUAUAUGGCAAUUCUUAGCAAGUUUAGCAUUAAGUGGUAAAUUGAAUCAUCAAAGAAUAAUUGUGGAUGAAAUUAGAGAUGAAAUUUUCGGUGCAGUUCAAGUCGCCAAAACUAAAGAUGACUUAACUAAAGUUAAAAUACUACAGAAUUUGAAUUUAUUCUUAAACGUUAUUGGUUUGAAUGCAGUUGGUGAUGAAAUUGUAGAAUUAAAAUAA